AUGCCGGAAAUAGAAAUUGACCGCGAAAUGGAUAGUUGGCGGCAUUGCAUUAGCUUGAUUAAUGUUAAUCAGUGGCUGCCUGUGCAAGCCAGUGGCUGCCUGUGCAAGCCAGUGGCUGCCUGUACAAGCCAGUGGCUGCCUGUGCAAGCCAGUGGCUGCCUGUACAAGCCAGUGGCUGCCUGUGCAAGCCAGUGGCUGCCUGUGCAAGCCAGUGGCUGCCUGUACAAGCCAGUGGCUGCCUGUGCAAGCCAGUGGCUGCCUGUACAAGCCAGUGGCUGCCUGUGCAAGCCAGUGGCUGCCUGUGCAAGCCAGUGGCUGCCUGUGCAAGCCAUUGGCUGCCUGUGCAAGCCAUUGGCUGCCUGUGCAAGCCAUUGGCUGCCUGUGCAAGCCAGUGGCUGCCUGUACAAGCCAGUGGCUGCCUGUACAAGCCAGUGGCUGCCUGUGCAAGCCAGUGGCUGCCUGUGCAAGCCAGUGGCUGCCUGUGCAAGCCAGUGGCUGCCUGUGCAAGCCAGUGGCUGCCUGUGCAAGCCAGUGGCUGCCUGUGCAAGCCAGUGGCUGCCUGUGCAAGCCAGUGGCUGCCUGUGCAAGCCAGUGGCUGCCUGUGCAAGCCAGUGGCUGCCUGUGCAAGCCAGUGGCUGCCUGUGCAAGCCAGUGGCUGCCUGUGCAAGCCAGUGGCUGCCUGUGCAAGCCAGUGGCUGCCUGUGCAAGCCAGUGGCUGCCUGUGCAAGCCAGUGGCUGCCUGUGCAAGCCAGUGGCGAGGAGAAGAGUGGCACUCUGGCACUCUAG